CUCUCACCAUCUUCCAUAUCAAGUUAUGUUUUGCCUUGCUUUAGCUUUCAUGCUUUAUUGUUGUUCUUUUCAUGGUAUCAGAGCAGGAUCUUUUUUUAUCUUGUCUCCAUACUUUUUUUUUAUUCUUCUUGUUUUAUUUCCAAGAAUGGCAAGCUCCAACACUUCAUUUGGAGACAUUGCUCAGAGCCAAGGGACUCAGCCUGCCUAUGCGUAGCUGCCCCCCAUUUCAGUAAAACUGACUGAUGGGAACUUCCUAAUGUGGCAACAACCAGUUGAUGUCACUGCUUACGGGUACGGGCUAGAAGGAUACCUAAAUGGUGAGAAGAAACCUCCAUCUCAAACAAUAGUUGUUGCAGAAGAAGGAGGAGGAUUAGCCAUAAAUGAAGAUUUCAUUUCAUGACAGAGACAAGAUAGAAGAGUGGUUGCGUGGCUGCUCUCAUCUCUAUCAGAAGGAGCCCUAGGUCUUGUUGUGGGACUGAGAUCAGCUAGAGACAUCUAGAGCGCUCUCGAGACAAAUUUUGCCAGCAGAUCAACUGCAAAGAUCAUGCAAUAUCAGCAACAAAUGCAAAAUUUGAAGAAGGAUUCAUUGAGCAUGAGUGAAUACUUUGGAAAGAUGAGAAACUUUUUUGAUCUUCUUGGAUCUGUUGGGUGCAGGGUUUCUGAAGAUGAACAGGUCAUGCAUAUCCUUGGAGGACUUGGGCAAGAGUAUGAUCCUGCAGUUUGUGCCAUCAGCUCCAGAUCUGAUUCAUGGAGUCUAGGAGAUGCCACUGCUUUCUUGCUCACUUUUGAGUCUAGAAUGGAGACCAUGAGAUCUCACUCUUCCAGUGCAGAAGGCUCACAGCCUGCUCUCAACUUGAUGCAUCAGUCAAAUCAGAAAAGAGAGUUCACUCCAUACAAUCAAACAAGGUUUGAUUCAACUGCAAGAGGAGGCUCAAGAAAUCAGAGAGGGGGUAGAGGAGGAAGAGGCUUUGGAAGAGGAAACAAAAUGAUUUGUCAACUGUGUGACAAACCGGGACACACAACAGCCAAAUGUUGGCACAGAUUUGAGAAAAUUAUGCUCCUCCUUAGUCUCAGCUGCAAUUCAGAGGGAAUCCGUCCAAUCAGCACCAAAGUUUCUCUAAUCCAUCAGCACAUCUGGUGCAUACGGCCUCUGCAAGACCUUCUCCAUCUCCCAGCUCUUCUAGUGUUUCUGAGUUUGGCUAUGAUUCUGCUGCAUCAACAAGCUGGUAUCCAGACUCUGGCGCUACUCAUCAUGUCUCUGGAGAUUUGAGCAAUCUCAACACAAGCUCAGAAUAUACUGGAGGACCUGGGAACCAAGGAGGUCAUGCUCAAGGGAACUUUUGACAAGGGACUAUACCAUUUCCUAGUUGAUCACUCACCAAUCAAGAGAAGCUCUAGCUCCACCAUUCCCUUUCCUGUUUCAUUCAAUCAAGGAUGUCCGACUAUCCAUUCUGUCAGCACAACAGUUUCUGCAGCUAGUGCUAGUUCUAAAUCUGUUUCUAGUCUUGACUUGGCCUUGUGACACAAUAGACUAGGACAUCCUACCUUAGACAUUGUCAAGAGUGCACUCAAAAGCUGUAAUAUCCCUUUUAAUUCAAUAAAUGGUUCACAACUUUAUCA